AUGAAUAAUUAUGAAAUUGGCAUACAAAGAUUUAUUGAAAAAAUUAGAGAGCAAAUUAGAUUAAAAGAAAAAGAAUAUUUAUCAAUAGAAAAAGCUCUUAUUCACAAAAUAGUUCAUAAAUCACCUUAACCAGCAAGAACACUUGAAUUAAGACCUAAUCAUUUCCUAGAUGUAUCGAUAAAGCCAAAGCAUAUUAAACCUAAAUCAAACCCAAAUAACAUAAAGACUUUUGAGGAAAUUGAACCAGAUGUUCUACCUUAUUUAUUGUAGCCUUUACAUACUUAAACCCAUACAGUUAAUAACAAAAGAAUAUCACUUAAAAUUCCAACAACCCUACCAGAAUCAUCAAAAAAACAAGAGAAAAUUGAAAAUUAACAUCGUCAAUAAUUUUAAAGAAAUAGUACACCAAAAAAAUGGACCGUAGAAAGUUCAGAUGAUUUUUAAAUCUGAUUUAUUG